UUUUUUUUUUUUUUUUUUUUUUUUUUUUGGGAAAGCAUUAAAAAAAAGGCAAGGAAGGGAAAGAAGCCAUCAAGAGACUGAAAAGAGCAAGAGAAAGUGGCAGCUGAGAAGGACUGUGAAAUCACCUCCCCUUUCUUGGGCUGUCGAUCAGAGCGAGAGUUGUACAUUAUUAUUAUUGUUUUCUUUCUACGUCUAUCUGUCCACGUACACAGGCAGAAAAAGAGACAAGUACUGACAGUGAAACUCGACGAGACCAGCCAUGGUAGCAAGGGCUCAGCCUGAUCGGAAACAAUUACCGCUGGUCCUACUGAGAUUGCUUUGCCUUCUCCCUACAGGGCUGCCAGUCCGCAGCGUGGAUUUUAGCCGAGGUACCGAUAACAUCACCGUGAGGCAAGGGGACACAGCCAUCCUCAGGUGUUAUGUAGAAGACAGAAGCUCCAAGGUUGCCUGGUUAAACCGUUCUGGCAUCAUUUUUGCUGGAGAGGACAAGUGGUCCCUGGACCCUCGAGUAGAGCUGGAGAAGAGAAACCCCCUGGAAUACAGCCUGCGGAUCCAGAAAGUGGAUGUCUACGAUGAGGGGUCCUAUACGUGUUCAGUGCAGACACAGCAUCACCCCAAGACUUCCCAGGUUUACUUGAUCGUGCAAGUUCCACCAAAGAUUUCCAAUAUCUCCUCAGACAUCACCGUGAAUGAGGGCAGCAAUGUGACCCUGGUUUGUAUGGCAAAUGGGCGUCCAGAGCCUGUCAUCACCUGGAGGCACCUCACUCCAACAGGCAGAGAGUUUGAAGGUGAGGAGGAGUACCUGGAGAUCCUGGGGAUCACACGAGAGCAGUCAGGCAAGUACGAGUGCAAAGCUGCCAACGAAGUUGCCUCAGCAGACGUCAAGCAAGUCCGGGUCACUGUGAACUACCCUCCCACCAUCACAGAGUCCAAGAGCAAUGAAGCAGCCACAGGACGACAAGCCUUACUGCGGUGCGAGGCAUCAGCAGUGCCCACGCCUGAUUUCGAGUGGUACAGAGAUGAUACCAGGAUAAACAGUGCCAAUGGUCUGGAGAUAAAGAGCACAGGAAGUCAGUCUCUGCUGAUGGUGGCCAAUGUCACUGAGGAACACUAUGGGAAUUACACCUGUGUGGCUGCCAACAAGCUGGGAGUCACAAAUGCCAGCCUAUACCUUUACAAACAAGUUUUACCCACACUCCCCAAUCCUUUUCCAGGACCUGGCACAGGGAGAGUAGACAACGGCUGCAUGAGUUUGGCCGUCCCACUGUGGCUUCUGGCAGCGUCCCUGCUCUGCCUACUCAGCAAAUGUUAAUACAAACCAGAAUGAAAAUAAUAAUAUUAAUAAUAAUUAAAAAACAACACGACAACAACAACAACACACAAAACAAAACACGUUAUACAGGAGACAGAGCGAAGAGAGGGGAGAGAGAAAAAAGAGGGGGGGAGAGAGACGACUGUUUCUUUCACAACUUUUGUGUGUUCAGGAGCGAAGAGGGGGGAGAGGAAAAAAUACAGCAAAGAAGACUCAGAAACAUUUAAUCCAAAACCUGAAAAGCCGGCUGUCAAGUCAUCGACUGCUUAGGAGGCAACAUGAAGAAAGGGAAAGAAUGGGGCACCAGCAAGGAUCGUGUAGCCGGAGGACGCUGCAAUGUAAACAAUCCAACAAAACCCACAAAGCCAAUCAAAAAGAGGAUCCCUUUUCUUUUCUCUCCUCCUUCCUCUUUUACAUACUCCCUCACUUUCCUUCCUUCCUCCUCUUUCUUUCUUUUGCAGAAAGAGGUCUUUGCUUCAGUGUCUAUAGCCAUUUAACUUUUUGGAUGCCCUGGAACAUUUUUGUGAGCUAAUGCUCUGCCAGUUCAUACUUUUAAAAACAAAUUAAAAAAAAAAAAACAAAAAAAACCAAACAAAAAACAGCCACAAGCCAGAGCAAGUCACCUGAAGCUCUCUGCACACUGAUGUCCUGUGAAGAACCCCAUCCUCUCUUCCCUUCACCAUGUACUGAUGUGCACCCAGCCCUUGCUAAACACCUUCUUUCCUGUCCCCUCCUUCAUGCAACAUUGCGCCACAGGCCUGAACUAAAGCUGUGUCAACUCUACUGAAAGCCUACUUUUCUUUCUUUUAAAAUCAUCUUCCUCCGCAC